AUGGGUAAGCGCGGUGGGACUGCCACUGCCCCUGCGGCCGCACCGGAGCAGGCAGUGCAGGCUGCUGCCGAGGCUCCCAAGCCAAAGCCGGCCGAUGCCACUCCAAAUGCAGGAGCCGGCACUCCAGCCAUGCAGCCUCCCAUGGAGCAGCCGCAGAAGAGGGUCAAGAAGGAGAAGGAGCAAUCUGCUCGAAAGGAGAAGCGCCAGCGAGAAGGCCUUGCUGCCGCGGCCAACGGCGCGCUCGCCACGCCGUCGCCUGCGCGGGCGCCCUCCGCCCUCGCAGAGAUUCCCAAGGUGAAGAAGCCUCGCCGCGUGACAACCGGGGGCAUUGCGUGGGCGCUGAGUGAGAUACGCACUGCCCUGGAGGGCAUCACGGAUGUGGAAGGGGUCCGUGAGCUGCUGGAUCGCUUCCCAGAGUGCAUUCUGGUCGGCGGGAUUGCCGCGCGCCGAGAGGUCAUCGCUGCUCUGCUGGGGGAGACCGCUGUAGCAGAGCAAGCUGCUGCGAUCCUUGUGCAGCCUGGCAUGCGGCAGCCGAUGGCCUGGGAGAUGAGGUCGGGGAAAGAUAUUUGCACCCUCGAGGGGGCCGAGGCGGAGCAGUGGCUCCGCGAGGUGCAGCGCAGUGUUCAGCAGGCCUUGGGGAAUCGACUCAAGGUCGACAGGCUCCGGAUGCGCCUCUCAGCGGCAGGCUGUGCGAACCUGGACCUAAUGCACCUACCAGAGAAAGGCUCGUUCUCCGAGUCCAAGAUCGAGGACAUGCGCGCACGCUACCUCUCCUCCGCAGGCAACCUCCUCGUCUGCCUUGAGCCUGGCCCGCCAUUGGAGCUCUGCCGCAGGUUCGACCCGCAGCUGAAACGCACCGUGCUGGUGGGGGCUGCCGCUUCACAGGUCAACUCCGGAGGGGACGACCUGCUGCCAGCGUCCGUCCUCUGCGGGCCGGACGCAGCAUCGUGUUUGGAGGAGCGCUUCGCCAAGCUCUGCCGCGAGCGAGCCCCAAUUUGGCUUUCAAGUCUGGAGAAGCUUGAGCUGCGCCUGUCGAAAUCCAGCCUGGAAGCGCGAGAGAUGGAGCAGAAGGAGCACGCCGGCGAGGUCUUGACAAAGGCCACCAGGGAACGACAGAUGGGGUAG